AAAAUAGCUGGAGGAGACAUGCCGACUGAAGCCUUGGCAACGGCUAAUUUAAUUUCAAGCAUGGACGAUUUGUUUGAUGGUGUAAACGCGUCGACACCAGACUUAAGGAGAGGAAAAAUAUUUUCCACAAAUAUAAAACACAAUACAGGACAUCUCCAAAUGUUCGAUAAAAUGAAAUUUUUUUUUAAAACCCUGGAAUUCUUGGGAUGCAGGGGUAAUCCCCCAUCAAAAGAUGGCUGGAUUUGGACCCUCAAUGGGUUAGAAAUGGUUUGGAAAAUUCUAAGUGCCAAACAUACUACAGUUAAAAGUUUAUCCACGAGAAGAUUCCAGCAGGAUCCUCUUGAAAAUUUAUUUGGAUGCAUUCGAUUCAACUGUGGAUCCAAUAGCAACCCAACAGUUGCACAAUUCGUUGCUGGAUUAAAAACAGCUGUAAUAAGCAACAUGGCACAUACUAGCUCAGGUAAUUGUGAGCUGGAUAGCAACAGUGCCAUAAUUACCAAUUUUAAAAAAUUAUUGACACCAGCCACAGACAUGCACACUGAAACUGAACAAUCGGAGUCUGUUAUAGAAAAUGAAAUUGAAGAAAAUAUUAUUUCCUCCCUGGAACAAAAUUUGGAGGAAGGAAGUAGCGAACUACAAGCAUGUGCUUAUGUCUGUGGCUUCAUAAUUAAAAAAUAUAAAAAUAUUUGUAAGAACUGUAAAAAUAUUUUAGUCUCCGAAACACCAGAAGAAGUGCAUAAUUUUAUAGAGUUUAAAAAUUAUGAUUCGGUAAAAAAUUCUCUUACAUACGCCUCUAAAAAUUUAAUAGAUUGUGUAGAAAAAAGUGCAAACAUAAUUAAUAUUUUUUUAGAAAAAGAGGCGUAUAAAGAGAAUAUAAAAAAAAAAAUAACACAAUUACUAAAGGACUCUAUAAAUUAUGUCUUCCUCGAAAAUUGUAUGGAGCACAAAGAAUUAAAUAUAAAUUAUAUAAUAAAUAGUGUCUUCCAUAUUAAUAUAAAGAGAUAUUGCAUAAUAAAAAACAAAAUUUAUUCCGAAGAUGCAUGUAAAUCUGCACUAAAAAGAAAAAUGAACAUAAUUAUGCAUAAAUAAAUAUCUUAACUAAUAUUAUAUGUGUGCGUUCGCGCAGCGGAAUGUUGUUGAAUUUAAAGAUUUUAAUUAUGCAGAUAAUUAGUGUAUGA